AUGAUUUUUAGUUCUUGGAAUAUUAGGGGGUUGAAGGGGGUUGGUAAACUAAGUAUGAUUAAGAACUUUCGGAGAAAGUUUAAUGUGCAUAUGCUAGGCUUGAUAGAGACUAAGACAGAGAUGGUGACAAAUUUUGAUAUAGCGCAACUGUGGGAAAAUGGGGCAGUUAAAUGGGAGUUAGUUGGUUCGGUUGGUGCUGCGGGGGGACUGGGCGGAAAAACUCAUUAUGUGGGAAGAGUUGAGCUUCCUAUCUGGGUUAUGCCAAGUACCGUUCUGUUAUAUGGGGAUUUUAACGAGGUAACUCAUGUAGAAGAGAGAAAGGGUGCUACCUCUUUAACAGUGUCCGCAGAAGAGUUUAAAUCGUGGAUACAGGAUAUGGAGUUAGUGGACUUGGCAAUAACUGAUCGCUUAUUCACCUGGUUCAGAGGGCAAUCAUGUAGCCGCAUUGAUAGGGGACUGGUUAGUUUAGAGUGGCUAGAAGAGUUUCCUGAUACAAGACUGAGAGGGGGACCUAGAGGGUUAUCAGACCAUUGCCCAAUGAUCUUGGAGGUUACCCGGAUUAGCGGGGGACCAAGACCGUUUCGGAGCUUGGAUUCGUGGUUUACCCAUGAUGGGUUCUUGAGAAUGGUGAAGGAGGAGUGGAGGAACUUGGGGGAGGGACAGUUCAUUGAUAAACUAAAGGCUCUGACGACUCCGCUGAGCAGAUGGCAUAGAGCCAAUUUUGGGAAUAUGGACCAAAGGAUUACACAGCUGGAGGAUGAAAUUAAGAAAGUAGAUGACAUGGUAAGUACUGGCACGGCUGAUGGGACUAUUGAAGCAAGAAGGAGAGCGUUGGUAAACUUCUGUAGAAAAUGGUAUAUCAGGAAGGAGUUUCAUUGGAAGCAAAUGUCCAGAUCGCGGCACGUGAAGGAAAUGGAUAAAAAUACCCGCUACUUCCACAAUCUAGCCUCAGCACGAAGAAGGUCGAAUAUGAUUGAUUCCUUAAUGGUUAAUGGGAGGUUGAUAAGGAACCAGGCGAGGAUCAAGACGGCUAUUCGAGACUUCUAUAAGGGGUUGUACCACCAGGAGACAUCGCCAGUGAUUGGGUUCAGGGACGGGCUUGUAAAGCAGAUCAACGAGAAAGAGGCACUAGAGCUAGAGAUGCUGCCAACUGUUGAAGAAAUAAAGGAGGCAGUGUGGGAUUGUGAGUCAACAAAGGCGCCAGGUAGUGAUGGGUACAACAUGAACUUCAUAAAAAAAUGCUGGGAUGACUUAGGAAGGGAGUUCGCUGAUGCGGUGCUAGGCUUCUUCCUUUCGGCUACACUUCCUAGAGACUCGAAUGUUACGUGGGUUACGCUGGUGCCAAAGUUUACUGGAGCCAGAGAAAUAAAGGAUCUCAGGCCGAUUAGUAUGGUGGUGUGUGUCUAUAAGGUCAUAUCCAAGGUGUUGGUUAGGAGGAUGCGAAAGAAGAUGGGGUUUGGCCAGAGGUGGAGAGGUUGGAUAAAGGAGUGUGUCACCACUGCAUCUAUGCCAUUGCUUGUCAAUGGAUCACCUUCAAAACCUUUCAAAAUAGAACGGGGUCUACGGCAAGGUGACCCGUUGUCCCCAUUUCUGUUCGUGUUAGUUGUGGAUGUUUUGCAUCGAAUGAUUGGAGAGGCGGUGAGGAAUGGCCGUAUAACUCCGUUACUGCUUGGUAGAGAUAAUAUUGAGUUGUCUCACUUGCAGUUUGCAGAUGAUACUAUUCUUUUCUGUCCGCCUGAUGAGGGGACCAUCAGGAAUUAUCAUCGGCUACUCAGAUGCUUCGAGCUCAUGUCGGGAUUGGCCAUUAAUUUUGAAAAGUCCAGCCUUAUACCGGUCAGCUGUGAGAGGAUGUGGGUCCGGAGGAUGUGUCGGUUAUUGGGUUGUAAAGAGGCUUCAUUACCAGUCAGAUAUCUGGGCAUUCCCCUGGGAGCAAAUCCGAGACUGGUUAAGACAUGGAAACCGGUGAUUGAUAAGGUGGAAGACAAACUGAGUUUGUGGAAAGCAAAAACCCUUAACAAAGCAGGUAAGCUGGUCCUAAUUAAGGUGGUUCUUAGUAGCUUGCCGAUUUACUACCUCAGUUUAUAUAAGAUGCCAAAGACAGUGGCAGAGAAGCUGAUUUCCCUGCAACGACGGUUCCUGUGGAGUACUGAGGAUGGGAGAUACGGGGUACCGCUCGUGAAGUGGGAAGUGGUUAUGGCUCCAAAGAAGGCAGGUGGGUUGGGAGUUGGGGAUGCGGUGAUUCGAAAUACUGCAUUGCUGUUUAAGUGGUGGUGGAGGUUCUCAAAAGAAGACUGUCCCUUAUGGAAGAAAGUGGUGUGCUCUUGUAAUAAUAUGCAUCCUGCAAGAAUGGUGGGAGGACAGCCUACUCCCAUGCGAGGGGUUCCUUGGAAGGAUAUAUGCCAGCUACAAGUUAGUAAGCCGGGGCUGAGAGAUCAAAUGAUCAGUGGGUUGUCGAUGGAGUUAGGGAAUGGCAGAACAAUCCGAUUCUGGGAGGAUAGAUGGCUACCGGCUGGAUGGAGGAGAGAGUUGUUCCAGUGGGAGUUGGACUUAGUACACCAGCUUCAUGAGAUCUUACAGUCAUUCAAGCUUACAAAUGGGAGGGAAGAUAGUGUGGUAUGGAAAUUUGAUAAAACAGGUGACUACUCAACAAAAUCCUUUGUGCGAGUGAUGCAGGAGGAAGUCCUACCGGAGGAGGUUACCAGCUAUAGCUUCACUAGUGCUGUUUGGAAAGGAUUUGUCCCCCCGAGGGUUGAACUUCCUUCUUGGUUUGCGUUAGUCGGAAGGGUCAACACAAAGGAUCGACUGUGCAGAUUACGGGUUAUUGACCAGCAGGACAAUAAGUGUCUUCUCUGUGGUAAGCCUGUGGAAACCGCGUAUCAUCUGUUUCUUAGUUGUGAGAUUACAUGGCAGGUGUGGUGUGCUUGGCUAAUGGCCUUUCAACAAAGGUGGAGCUUUCCGGGUACUUUGAAGGAACAUUUUGAGAGUUGGACGAGCUUUCUAGGAAGGAAGGUAGAUAGAAAGAGAUGGUUCACUGGAUUCUUUGCUGUUAUCUGGACAAUUUGGCUAGAAAGGAAUGACAGGCUCUUCCAAAAUAAGAGUUCAAGAGUAGGGGACAUUAUCAACAGAUCGUUUACGUUCUACGAAGAAUGGAGUGGUGCUGAGCCCUUUGGGUGUUGA